UCGUGCGUGGAAAAAAGGGGAACAGUUCUUGUCUUUUUCAUUCCUCCGAAAUUCAGAUGCGGACUUUCAUCGUAAAACAAGGUGGUGUUUAUCUUCGGAACCUUCAGAAAUGUAAAGGCCCUACCGUAUAAAAACGCUUGGAGUGGCUUUCUAAACAUACAGUCUGUCAUGCUGUCAACCAACCAUCACAAAUGUUCCCUCACAAUCAUACAGUUUGACUGAUUGGAAAAACCUACGUGAUUACGCUGUCAGCGGUUCAGAGGCUUUUUUUCAUCAACAAACAUUCGUCUUCAGCCUCGCGUGAGAUAAUUGUCACUUCUCCGACUGUGGGAUGGAUUAAUUUGAUUAGUUGCAAAGACUUUAAAGGAGACGGACGGAACGACUUGCAAUACAGGGUGUAAUCAGGCUUUCAUCAGCACAGGAAACAGUGCCUCUGUGGUGAAUUCAAUAUCGACGCAAUCAGAUGAGAUGUGGUCCGAGUGCGUUGCUGUAGCUUGCUUGGUGUCUUCUAAUACUUCCAGAGUGAUGAUUCUCAGAGUGUGAUCAGCAGAUGAUAUUUAGCAGUACUAAUAUUUACCUCACUGAUGUUACAAAUUAUUUGCUGUUGAUUUGACGUUUUCUGAAACCAGGAAGGGGACUCUUUUUCAGAACGAGAAAUGAUGGAAGAGGGGACAACCAUUCACCGGACUGUUUUCUGAAAGAACCCGAUCGCAAGUCAGAGUCAUAAAUUGACGUUUAUCUUCACACUCGACCGAGCUAAUUGAUUGACUAAGUGAAAUUUAAAGGUGGUGUACUCAUUUUGGAAUUUAGAGCGACCGAAACAUCAACAGUUUUGUCGCAAUCCAUUGUGAAGAUGAAGUCGUCAGUCAAGUAUAGUCGCCUGCCAAGGGCCGACUGGGUUUCAAUGUCACAUGACCAGGUCGCCAUUGAUUUCAGUUCCCCGUUUAAUUUUGAGUCGGUGUUUACGUACAGCAAGGCUGUCCCACCGUAUGUGGCGGAAGAGAGAUCAUACGAUCCACCAAUCUUCACUCGUAUCUGCUCAUCCGUUGUCGUUGCUCUCAGUUGUUUUUUUGUGUUCUUAACCUUCCCAAUCACAUGCUUUGUCGCUGUCAAGAGGCUUCAGCAGUUUGAGAGGUUAGUCGUCUUCCGACUGGGACGACUUCAGCCACCAAAAGGUCCAGGUAUCGUGUUGGUUUUACCGUUCAUUGAUAAAUGGCGUCGGGUUGACAUGAGAACGAGAGCUUUCAAUGUGCCUCCACAGCAGCUUAUCACAGCUGAUGGUGCAGCUAUUUCUGUUGGCGCCACCAUCUACUCCCGGACCACCGACGUCGCUCUGUCUAUUGCAAGCGUCCAGGAUCUGAACCACUCUACGCGCAUGCUCGCGCAGACUAUCCUACUGGGCAUACUCAGUUCACGAUCGUUGAAGGUGAUUGAGAAUGAGAAGGCGUACAUUCAUGAGCUCAUGCAGAACGAGAUGAACGAAACGACCAAUAAAUGGGGCGUUGAGGUUAGCAGAGUGGAACUAUCUCAAGUGACUGUUGUCCAGGAGGCAGUGGCUGGAGUCAGCAUUGACAAACUCGGCAGUAUCUUCAGUCAACUUGUGUCGGGUCAAACUUCACCUAUGACCAACCUCCUGGGGACAGGACCUGUAUCCCAAAUUGCCCCAACUCUUCUAGCCCCAUCUCUGCCACACCACGCCACACAUGUUCCGUCCUCAAAGCCUCCUACGACAAGCCCCAGGGAGCUUAUCUCAUCAGUCAGACCACUUCUCACCAAGUCCCUCGUCGAUGAAGUUGGAGCUGUGUACAAAUUCGUCGUCACGGGGGAGGACGGAGGGACGUUUUUCCUGGAUUUAAAGAGUGGGUUUGGUGAUGCCGGUACUGGUGAGCCCUUACUUCCACCGGAUGUUACUCUCACCAUGGCGACCUCUGACCUGCAUGCCAUGUUCACUGGGGAAGUCCGACCCUACAUGGCAUUUAUGACAGGGAGACUACAGGUGGAAGGCGACAGAUCCGUUGCAAUGAAACUUGACGCAGUCAUGCAGAAACUACAAAAUAGUAGUUGCUAGACCUUGAAGCAAUUUUAAUAGUUUCAAAAGCUUGUUAGAGAUUUUGGAGAAUUUAACCCUUUAGAUCUCAAACUGCCCCUAACCGCCCUGCCUGUUACUCCCCAAACCGCCCUGCCUGUUACUCCUCAAACCGCCCAAAACCACCAGAGAAGUUUGCCAAGUUGAAAUUUUUACUCAUCGAUGGGAGACUUUGGAAUGCUCGCUGGCAUGCGCAGCAGACUUACCUGGUAAAUUUCUAUUGCUUAAGUAGUUCUGAUUAUGCACACAUUGUCAUGGAUAAUGGAUUUACCUAGCCAAGUCUGCUGCCACCUAGUGUCCUAACAGUCCCUAAAAUGCUUCAAACAGCCGCAGAUAGUGCACGAUCUCAAUAUUUCGAUAGUACAAUCAAUAACACAUGGUCCCCGUAAGAAAAGCUAGUUCUCCAUCUCCAAAGGUCGGAAGUGCCGUCCAUAACAAGGCACAUGUGCUACACCCAACCUGUAGUUGUUCUAUGUGUGUACAAAGGGUAUUUAAUGUACAAUGCUUUUCACGCACAAUGUAGUAAUGUACACUGUAACGGCGCCCGUACAUACUUUCACAAUAGACUUACAGGUGUUUGUUAAGUGUAGUUGAUCUGUAUUAAGGUUUCAACCAAAUUAAAAUGUGGUAAAGGACACUAAAGCAACUGUGCAAAGGUAAUUUCAAGUAGAUCAAGCUUGUAACACGUAAAAAUAAUCAAAACAAAAGUUAUCCAAGGUGCGGUCGGAAAUCUUAUCACUUUCCGUGCCGCUUUCAAGCAGUACAUGACUUUAAAACUUCAUAUUCACUACCUUCUUGGAUACCCAAAACAAAACAAAAAAGGGGAAAACAAAAUCUCUCCAUAGGUGAAUUCUAAAAGACUUGGUGCUUCAUAAGGAAAUUUGUGUACAAAGUCUAUGGGAGUUUCUUUAAGACAGUUUCAAAGGAAAGAACAACUUAAGAUGUCUUCUUCUUCUUCUUCCAUAAGAGUACAGUCCACCAUUUGGUGUUUUAUGUACUGUGGUUGUUGUGUGCGUGGGAGGGUGUGGAUAAAUACAGUGCAGGUGGGUGACCAGUAAACAUCGAGUGUGGCUAAUAGCGGAGCUGGACUGACUGUCCAUCCUGCUUAAAGGAACACGUUGCCUUGGAUCGGUCGAUUUGGUCUUUGAAAAGCGUUCUGUAACCGUUUGUUAUAAA